AAAAAAAAUAGACGUGUCCCUUUCGAGGCACCGUACAGUGGAUGGUUGCAUUGUGCAGUUAGCCAGCACUGAGUAGCUAGGUAGCUGAUCACACCCGUUUUUGUUUUCUAGUACCAUUUUGAAACAUAAUGGAUUAUUCGUCUUUCAUACGCUGAGUCAUGUCAGACAUCCGUGGGUCUCUGCUGCGGCGGGAUCCCCUGAGCGCUGCUAAAGAGGUGCUGUACCAUCUGGACAUCUCCCUGGGCAGCUCUGCCCUCCAGGGCCCCGGGACCUCCGGACCCUCCGCCGUCGCCACGGCAGCCGUCGCCGUGGAGAGGAGCACGGUGGAGCUGGUGGAGGAGUUCAUCUACCACACGCCCAAGGACAGGAAUGCACAGCCCAAGAGGCUAUCGUGUCUGCAGGAGCUGCAGCUGUUGGAGAUCAUGUGCAGCUACUUCCAGGAGCAGAGCCGCGACGCUGUGCGCCACCUCAUCUUCUCUGCCCUCUUCGGUCUCCAGGGAAACCAGGUGGACGACAGCCGCAUGGCCAUGCUGGCUAAGCUCGUCUCCAUGGCGAUUGCCGUCGGACGCGUCCCCAUCCUGGAUUGCACUGCCACCUGGCUGCAGCGCUCCCAUGCGGUGUGUUGUGUGCGGGUUGCGCGUGUGUUAGUGGAUGAUUACUGCAGGGUGGUUCCUGGCUCCGCCCACACCUUGAGGCAGGUGUUUAACGCAAGCCCCGCCUUCUGUUGCCAGUUCAUCACCGCGGUUACGGCCCUUUAUGACUUGUCUUCAGAGGAUCUGACUCCUCCCCCAGCUCUGCUGGAGAUGGUUGUUGAUUGGAUAACAGACGACCCGAGACUCCUCCUCCUGACCUUCCUGAACACGCCCCUCCCUGUCGCCAGCCUAUCCCGUGGCUGCCUGGAGCUCACGCCUCUCCUGGGCCUCCUGCGCUGGUCCGUCAAAGCCCCACUUGCCAAUCAGAGGAACCGCAAACAGGCGUUGGCCAAUGGCCACGCAGAGCUGGAGAAGGGGGCGGGACAAGAGGCUGAGGAGCUCUAUUCCAAACUCCAUCUGAGUGUGCUGCAGGUGUUUCUCAUGCUGCAGGUGCACCUGACUGAGAAGAAUGUGAUUGGUCAGCUGUCGGUGCUGCAGUGGGACCACGUGGUGGGAUUGGUGGACGAAGUGGGCCGCCUGGGGGAGGAGCUUAACCCUCUCCACGCCGCCAAUCACAUCCAGCUGGCUCUGGAUAGGCUGGCCCAGGCCCUGCAGGUGGCCAUGGCAACGGGAGCGCUCUUGUGUGCCCGAGAAGAACUUAGACCUCUGUGUUCUAGACUGCCACACAACAAUCUGAUGCAGCUGGUGAUGUCAGGGCCGUUCCAGCCCCCUCUCUACCCCCACCUGCCCUCCCUCCCCCCCCACACACACACCAGCCCCCUGUCCCCACACAUCCACACACACACACACGCACACACACACGCGCACGCCGCGCUCUCGCCACACAACACACACCCCGCUCUGCAGACCGCGCACAACACACACACACACGCACACACACACACAGUCAUCUCCCCACACACCUUUCACCCAGCUAUGGGCUUUUCUUACCGACCCAUACGCUAAGUGCACAACACACGUACGCACACACACACACACACACAGUCAUCUCCCCACACACCUUUCGCCCAGCCAUGGGCUUUCCUUACCGACCCAAACUAGAAGUACACACACACACACACACACACACAUUAACAUAUACAGACACACACACACACACACACACACAUUAACAUAAACAAAGACAAGUACCCAUACAUGAAAAGAAACACACAUAUACACACAUAAAUGUUCUCUAUCUUAUACGCACACAAACACACACACACACACAGACCAUACACACACAAACACACACCCGAACGCACAAGCACAAACACACACACCCACACACCAUACGCACACACACACACCGUACACAUGCAUGGAAACGUCUUUAUGGGCAUGAAGAGGUGUUUUUGUUCCGCGGAAAAAUAUGCAUGGUACUGUUGGUCACUGUGUGUGUGUGUGUGUGUGUGAUUGUGUGUUUGUGUGAUUGUGAGAGAAAGAGGGGAACAUGUUCACAAGCAUAUCUGAAAGUUAUUGAGCAGUUAUGCUGACUGGUGAAAUGCAUCAUGGGAGCUGUAGCCCUGAUUUAACAUUUACACUCACUCUCUGUUUCCUCUUCCUGCUGUGGAGGAACUACAUCACAGACAACAUUGAGCCUAUCAAAGUGCCCACUGGUGAAAAGCACCAUGGGAAAUGUAGUUUUGAGCAUCUGCCUGUAGAAAGGGCCAGUUAAUGUUCUUUUCUCUUCUGAAAUGCACCAUGGGAGAUGUAGUUUCUUUUAUCUUUCCUUAGAUGUCUGCGCUUGUGCUUUUCUACCCUUUACGUGUUACAUUUCUAUUGUGGGUACUUCUCUUCUGAAAAGCACCAUGGGAGAUGUAGUUUUUAUUGUGGGUACUAGGUCACACUCGUGCUCUUCCCGGCAUCUGCAGCUGUAGAACCAGGAAGUGGAUUAUGUGGGCGGGAUGUAGCGUGUGUGGGGGCCAAUGGCAGAAGGGGCUGUAUGCUGAUGGACAGUCUGAGGAGUAAUGUCAUGGGGUCGCUGUGUUUCUGUUCCUUUUUCCUACUUUGUAUGAUGCCAUGAAGUUCAGAUUAAAACGUUUCUUCUGUUUGUAAAUGG